AACGACCCUGGAGAUUCUGGACAUCAAGGGCCCGAGUGUGAUCGUCAAUGGCUCGGUCUCGAUGCUCGUCCUCGACUGCGACUACGACCUGAGAGUAACCGGCCGGGCUGGUCGUCAAGUGGUACUACAACCGCCAGCCGUUCCCCGUGUACCAGUGGAUUCCUAAUAACGGUCCCCAGGACCUGGGACUCCUGAAGGGGCGGCUGGACCUCAAGCACCAGGUGUCCGAGGACGAGUACAUGAAGCACCGCGCCCUCGCCAUCGUGAACCCGACCUCGGAGCUCACGGGCGAGUACACCUGCUGGAUCUCCUCCUUCGAGAGCGAGGCCUACAAGAGGAAGAAGAUCAUCAUUUACUCGCCUGCAGUAGACAUGUCGAUGACGUAUUCCAAGCCCAAGGAGGAGAGUGUGAUCAUCUCGUGUCGCGCGGGGGGCAUCUACCCCUUGCCGGACAUCACCAUCUCCAGGAGCUCUGCAGCGUCCAGAAACCUGAUCGAGGACGCCAAGGUGGACACCAAAUUUCUGCCGGAACAGAAAUCCUACAACGUCAGCAUCGACCUCGAAGUGCUGGACUACGAACUCGACUCGGAGACCAUGUUCGAGUGCGUCCUCACCAUCCCCGGCACGGAGUAUGAGGUCCGUGAGGAAAUACUCUAUUUCCCCGGGCCUUCAACCACAACUACUUCUACUACUACUACCACCACCACCACUACUACCACAACAACUACUACUAGCACUACCACAUCGACCACCUCCGUCCCAGAUUAUGCUGAGGAUGAGGAUGAGGAUGAAGAUGAUGAGGAAGAACAGGUUGAACAGGAUGAUGGUUAUGAUAAUAGCUUUGAAAAUGAGGCCAGCCGGUCCAAGGGCGCGAGGCCCCACGUUGCCGAAAGUGUGUCAGGAGCUGAGGCAGUGAAGUGCAGCUUAACGGUGAUUGCCCUUCUACACACCGUGCUCCUCUUGCGCCCCUUCCUACAAUGAGCUAGAUGAGGGGUAACUCGUCUGUGUAUAGUGCCCCGUCCCUUCCUGCAUCUCUCUGCCCCUAGUUUUCGCUUGGUUGGUCCUCCUGUCAAGAGAAGAUAUUUCAUCUGCUACAAGAUUAUAAAUCAUAGGACUAUCCGUGUUUACAACUGAAAUAUAUCAUACACAAAUAUAUUUAUAUUGCCCUGAGUGCAUGAUGCUCGUCUGUGUAAAGGCUGUUACUUUACGGUUUUGAUGUUUUAGGCAAAAAGGAUUUUCCAGUGUCAUGGGCGAGGUCCGCUAGAUCUCCUAUUGCGUUGCACUGGCUUUGCUAUUCCAGAGAGAGAGAGAGAGAGGGAAAGGAAGAUUAAAAAAUAGUCUUUUUUCUCUCUUUUUUUUCUUUGGAUUAAGCCAAUCUAGCUCUGGAUUUCAAUCACAGUUCACGUGCUGUUGUAUUUCUCUCUGAGCAUGUACUCUGUGUGACCCUGAAUUAUUUUGUAAACUAAAAUGGAAGAAAAAAAAACUAUACAGAAAGAAAGAAAGAAAAAAAACAGACAUUUCUAUUCUUUAUGAAAACUUUGUAAAUGUUGCGAUGUAUUGUAAGCUAUGAGUUUCUGAGUUUUUAUUUUUGACAUGAAGAAAGGAUUAACAGAGAAAAAAAGUUGAAACAUUGAGUGGUUUCGAUGAGCGUACAGUUGCACUUACUUUGCACUCAGCGGUGUUUUGAAACGUGAAGGAAAAUGCACGAGGGAGUGUUGCCAAUGUGUGAAGCGAAGGGAUCUUAACCAAAAGUUCUGUUGGAAUUCGUGUUGGAAUUAACCCCAUGUGAUUAUAGUCAUUUUUCUUUAUAUUUGUCAUAUAUUUUGUUUGUUUUUGGUUCAACCGCUAGUCACCUGACAACAAACUUUUUUUGACAGAAAAUAUCGGCGAUUUUGAACAGGGUCAGAACCCCCCCCCCCUCCUCCUCCCCUCGAAUAUAUAUUUUUUUCAUGUACUUGGUUUGGCUUGUAAACACUCCCACUACAAGCGACACACAGCCUAGGUCAAAGGUCACAUGAACAUUGCAGCUGUUCGGUAUACUUGUGCACCCUGUGUUCCCACUGUUCAGCAUGUUCUUCAGCGCAAACCAAAAAAGCACACAUAUGUAAUGCAGCCAGUAUUUGUUAAUUACUGUACUUCCUUUUUCCUUUAAGAGCAUAUAUUUUUAUUUUCAGCUUACAUUUAACUAGCUGGUUAUUAAUUGUUUUCUCAGUGUUCUCCUUAUGAACCAAAUCCAGCUGGUGAUUUUUUUUUUUUUUUUUUAUUAAGUCUCCGUUUUCUUUGCGAAGGUUCCUCAUCUUCUGUUGCGGGAUUGGCAACUUUAACCGCUUCCUUAUCGGUGAUUGGUGAUUGGCGAUUGGUGCAGAUCAUGGGUCUAAAUCAAUCAAGUAUCUCAGGGUAAGGUCAGAAUAAGAAUCUCGUAUAAGGCCAUUGUUAAGAGUAGAUACACUAUUUCCCUCAACCUCUGUAAGAAACGAAGCCAGAAUUCCCCCUUCAUACACUUCAAACAAAGUUACACGCGAAUUUCGUACUUAAAAAGGCAUAAAGAAACCCCCACGCCCUUGAACUAGCAAGCCGAAAUCGUCAAGGUCUUCGAAAAAACCCGAAGUUUCCCCUCAAUCGGAUCCCAUUUUCUGUGCAAUCAAUCACCGGACUCAAUCGCCGGAAACAAAGAAGAUGGAAGCACUGCCCAGCCAAUCACACGCGGCGAAGGCUGAGGGCGCGCGGAAGUCUCGGCGACAGUUCCGAUCCGUGAAAUUUCGUCUUCUCUCUUUUUUUUUUAUCUUCUCGUUCUUUGAAUUGUCUCUCUCUCUCUUUCUCUUUUAUCUGUUGCCUUUUGGACUGAAUCUUCACACAGUUACGAAGGAUCUGAUAUUUCUUUCUUCACUGUGCAGUUCAUUUUUGCCGAACCAAUUUACCUGUCCUCUUUGUCACUCGAUCUAACAAAAAUCAGAACGGAGACGAAGUGCACGGAUUCGAACGCGCCGUGGCACCGGAAUAAGGGAGUUCCACCAACCAAAUUAGACGUCAAAGCGAGGUCAAGCGAGGUCGCGCGUGUAGGGGGGUGGGGUCAGGGGUAGGGGAAGGUCCUCCAGUUAAGAGUCGAGGUCUUAUGAAGGAAAGGAAAGGGUCUUAGAAGGCGCAAGAAUAUUCUCUUUUUUCAUCUUGUGUUUUAUUGGAUGCUUGUUAGCAGUUGUGUGAUAUAUUUUCAUGAAUUUUUUGGUUUUUUUAUUAUUUGAUACACAACGGGUGGAAUUCCCUUUUUAGUUUAUUAUGUAUAUACGUUUUUUUUAAUUGUCUGUUCCUAUAUCGCUCUGUACUGUAUGCAUAUCUGCUUUCUCUCUCUCUCUCUCUCUCUCUCUCUCUCUCUCUCUCUCUCUCUCUCUCUCUCUCUCUCUCUCUCUCUCUCUCUCUCUCUCUCUCUCUCUCUCUCUCUCUCUCAUGCCGUGUCAUUGUUUUGAGUUCCUAUGCAGUGGAUUUAUGAGUGAAGCAACAUCAAAAUAUGAAAUAUCGACAAAGUUACAAAGUGAAAAAAUGGACAGCAACAAAUCACUGUCUAAGUCUCCUAAACUCAUAAAUAUUCUGCUUUGUCUAUUUUUUUUUCUUUUUUUUUUGGCGUUUCUAGUCCUCUCUUUUUUUCUUUUCUUUUUUCUACCAAGACGAAAGACAAUCAUAGGAAGUCUUUUGAGUAUUUCCCCGUUUUCUGUUGCUCUCUCUGUAGUAUAUUUGCUCUCUUUCCUGUUUAUCUAUGUCUGUGUCUUGUUCUGUCUCUCUCUCUCGCUCUCUCUCUCUC